AUGAUGUCCUCUCGUCAGCUCCUGGGCGUCGCCCGGAGCCGCGCUCUCGGCAGCGCAAGCCUGGGCCUGCGGCGCAUGGCGACCGUGUCCGACUCUCCUUUGGACAGGAAGGUCCGGCAAAACAACUGGGAGGAGAACAACUUCAUCAACUACAAGAAGAUGUCAGAGAACCUCGCCAUUGUGAGAUCAAGGCUCAACCGCCCCCUCACCUUUGCCGAGAAGAUCCUCUAUUCCCACCUGGACGACCCGCACGGCCAAGACAUCGAGCGCGGUGUUUCCUACCUCAAGCUGCGGCCUGACCGCGUGGCCUGCCAGGAUGCCACCGCCCAGAUGGCUAUCCUGCAGUUCAUGUCUGCCGGCAUGCCCUCGGUCGCUAACCCGACUACCGUUCACUGCGACCACCUUAUCGAGGCCCAGGUUGGAGGCGCCAAGGAUCUGGAUCGCGCUGUGAACAUCAACAAGGAGGUCUACGACUUCCUGUCGAGCGCCUGCGCCAAGUACAACAUCGGUUUCUGGAAGCCCGGGUCCGGUAUCAUUCACCAGAUCAUCCUUGAGAACUACGCUUUCCCUGGCGGUCUACUCAUCGGCACUGACUCCCACACUCCCAACGCCGGCGGUCUCGGUAUGGCGGCUAUCGGUGUGGGCGGUGCUGAUGCCGUCGACGUUAUGGCCAACCUCCCUUGGGAGCUCAAGGCCCCCAAGGUUAUUGGUGUCAAGCUGACCGGCCAGAUGUCCGGCUGGACUGCUCCCAAGGACAUUAUCCUCAAGGUCGCCGGCAUUCUGACGGUCAAGGGCGGCACGGGCGCGAUUGUUGAAUACCAUGGUCCGGGAGUUGAAACCAUUAGCGCCACAGGCAUGGCGACCGUUUGCAACAUGGGUGCUGAGAUUGGUGCGACAACUUCUCUGUUCCCGUUCAACGACCGCAUGUACGACUACCUGGCCGCGACCAAGCGCAAGGACAUCGGCGAUUUCGCCCGCUCCUAUGCCAAGGAGCUCCGCGAAGACGAGGGUGCUGAGUACGACCAGCUGAUCGAGAUCAACCUAUCCGAGCUCGAGCCUCACAUCAACGGCCCCUUCACCCCCGAUCUCGCAACUCCCAUCUCCAAAUUCUCCGAGGCGGUUAAGGCCAACGGCUGGCCCGAGGAGCUCAAGGUCGGCCUCAUCGGAUCCUGCACAAACAGCUCGUACGAGGACAUGUCCCGUGCUGCAAGCAUCGCCCGCGACGCGCUCGACCAUGGUCUCAAGGCUAAGUCGCAGUUUUUCGUCUCUCCGGGUUCUGAGCAGGUCCGCGCCACCACCUUCAGGGAUGGCCAGCUGAAGACUAUCGAGGAGUUUGGUGGUGUUGUCCUCGCCAACGCCUGCGGUCCUUGCAUUGGCCAGUGGGACCGCCGUGAUGUGAAGAAGGGCGAGCCCAACUCGAUUAUCUCCUCGUUUAACCGGAACUUCACAGGGCGGAAUGAUGGAAACCCCGCCACUCAUUCGUUCGUCACCUCUCCGGAUCUCGUCGUUGCCAUGACCAUUGCUGGCACCUUGCACUUCAACCCCCUCAAGGACACGCUCAAGGACAAGGACGGCAACGAGUUUAAGCUUGCUCCUCCCUCUGGCAACAGCAUGCCCCCUGCCGGCUACGAUCCCGGCCAGGACACCUACCAGGCUCCCCCCAAGGAUCGUAAUACCGUCAGCGUCCAGGUUUCCCCCAGCUCGGACCGUCUCCAGAUCCUUUCUCCCUUCGCCCCUUGGGACGGCAAGGAUGCCCUUGACUGCCCUAUCCUGAUCAAGGCGCAGGGCAAGACCACGACUGACCACAUCUCGAUGGCUGGCCCGUGGCUCAAGUACCGUGGCCAUCUGGACAACAUUUCCAACAACAUGCUGAUUGGUGCCAUCAACGCUGCCAACGGCGAGGCCAACAAGGUCAAGAACCAGACCACCGAAGCGUGGGACGCUGUCCCGGCUGUUGCCCGCGACUACAAGGCCAAGGGCAUCAAGUGGGUUGUCAUUGGUGACUGGAAUUACGGUGAGGGCUCGUCCCGCGAGCACGCCGCUCUGGAGCCCCGCCACCUCGGCGGUCUCGCCAUCAUCACCCGGUCGUUCGCCCGUAUCCACGAGACCAACCUGAAGAAGCAGGGUAUGCUUCCCCUGACCUUUUCGGACCCGGCCGACUACGACAAGAUCCAGCCCGACGACAAGGUCGACAUACUCUGCACCGAGCUCGCCGUCGGCAAGCCCAUCACGAUGCGGGUGCACCCCAAGAACGGCGAGUCGUUCGACAUCAAGCUGUCCCACACCUUCAACGAGGGCCAGAUUGCGUGGUUCCGCAACGGCAGCGCGCUCAACACCAUGGCCAAGAACACCAAGAACUGA